UUAAAUUCUGUGCAGUUGAACUGAUUCACCAGUGAUAAAUCAACUGCAAUCAAAUUAUAGCACAACUAGUCAGCGCAGAGCGAGAGAUUCCUCCGACUGGAAUGAGUCAAGCUUCCACUCUGCUCGAGUAGCCGCAGCUGCAGCAAAGGUGAAAAUUCUGUGUGCGUGAGCAAAGCAAACUCUGAAAAAAUGUACUCUGAGUGGGCUUCGCUGUCGGCGCAGAUCAAUGCCAACAGUUGUGGUGCGCAAUGCUUCAGUGUUCUGAACAAGUUUCCAGCAUCCGCUGGUCGAGAAGUGGUGAUGUCGGUGGUGAAGCAACUGGGCACCAAUUUGGGCAUCACACAGAAUGCGGAGCCCAGUCACCUGGUCAAGGAUGAGGAGGUCAGAUGGUGCAUGGACGUCAUUUGCUUUGGGCUCUCGUUGCCCUUGCAGGAGCACGAGACCAUCAAGGAUUGCGUCAACGUCUACUGCGAGUGGUUGACCGCGCUGCACCCGCAGCCGCGCAUCAGCGUGCCCAAGCCCAUUUGCGAGGAUGCGAAUCUUUACGCAAGGCAGAUCAUCAAUCACUUCCACAAUCUGUUCGUUCCGCGGCAGGGAGAAAUCUUGCCAUUUUUAUACCAAACGAAGCUUGGCUCCGACACGAUCAAGCGCCAGGCCGUGCUCUGUCACCGAGUUCUGCGCACUCUCCAGCAGACGGCGCAGAUUUCGCAGCAGAUGGACCGAGAGACCUGGGAGACGCUGCUGCUCUUUCUGCUGGCAAUUAAUGAGAUUCUGCUGGCCCCGCCCACCGUCAAGGACGAUGUGGGCGACCAGCUGUGUGAACGUGUGCUCUCUGUGCUCUUCGAGGUCUGGCUCUUGGCCUGUGUGCGCUGCUUUCCAUCUCCGUCGCUCUGGAAGACCCUGCAGGAGUCGUGCGCCAUGUGGCGCCAUCGCAUUGCCCUUGUGGAUCAGUGGAAUCGAGUAAAUCUGGCACUAACCGCGCGGUUAUUAGAGUUCAGCUAUGGUCCAGAUUUUACACAGCUUAAGAAUGCUGAUGAGGAUAGUCAGCUCAUUCCUGCGGGCAUGUCCAACGACUGCGUGGCGCAGACCUGGUAUCGCUUCUUGCGCAUGAUCGGCAACCCCACAGCUCUGUGCUCGCCGCACAUCAUUAGCAAGUCGUCGCACUUUGUUCAAUGGGCUCUUACACACGAGAAGGGGGCCGAGACUCAUCAGCAUCCGUGCCUUCAGGCUCUGCCGCAAAUCUUUCUGAAUGCGAUCCGCGGGAUUUCCAGUCAGGUCGAUGCCUUUCUUGGCAUUUAUCAGGCACCGCCUAGCCAACAGGAGAACGUCGUUACGAAUCUGCUUGAGAUCCGCCACUCUUUAAACGAGGCCACUUCAUCCACGCUCCAACAGUUCAUCCACUCGAGUAGCGCCUCGAACAUUAGCAUGCAGCAAUCGGGGUCAGCUCAGCUGUCUCAUCCGCCGCAUCAUCAUCACCACUAUCCGCAUUUGCAUUUACACGGCGCGGGGAGUUUCCUCCGCGAUAACUUUGUAAGCAGCUCGGCCAGUUCUGCUCUAAAUGCCAUCAUGGGCCAUCAUCAUCAUCAGCAUCAGCCGCAGCAGCAACAGCCGCAGCCCCAGCAACAGGCUCCAGGGCAACACGUAGCAAAUUUUAGUGCUUCGCCAAUCACUCCCGGGGGGCCCGUUGGCAGCGUCAGCGCUGGCGGCAGUCACUCGGCGGGCGUUGUGGGCUGCAUCUCGUUCAGCACGUCUGAGGCGGCGCCGUUAACCAGCUCCAAUGGUACUAGCGGCAGCAGUGUUACACCUACACCUCCCUUGCAGCGUCGCCUGGCCAAAAGUUUCAGCGUGGCCCCAUCCAUUACGCAGCAGAAGGGCUUAAGCAAAACAGCGCUUAUCAGCCUAACACGCAGCUCAGCGAACGCCGCCCCCACUACUCCGACUUCUGGCCCGCCCUCGUCGAGCAGCAUCAAUUCGCUACCAUCCAUCGGAGCCGAGCUGCGUCCGCCUCUCUCUGUAGCUCGCCCGAAGUGCAACAGCAUUCUCCACUUAUUCGGCGAGUGGUUGUUCGAGGCAGCACACAUAGGCGGCGAUACCUGGCUGCAGAACCGUAAGAAGCAAGCAUGUGAGGCUAGCAAGCGACCGUCGUCUAUGAUAAUGGAGAACCGCAAGGGAUCGAUAUCGUUGUCCCAGCCGAAUUCGCUGAACGACCCCUCAUCCCUGCCGCCUACACUAACCAUUGACAAAUAUGAAUCCGGCCGUGCCGAGGCAAUCGGCACACUAUGCAAGAUAUUCUGCGCAAAGAAAACGGGAGAGGAAAUCCUGCCCGUCUAUUUGGCUCGCUUUUAUAUGGCGCUGCAACAGUGCCUCAAAAUAACUGAGUCGAAGGAGUGUGACGAGACACUAGCCAGCAUUCUGCUCCACUCGUCGGACUUAUUUCGUUUGGACCUUGAUGGCAUAAAUGUGCUACUUCCCGGAUUCAUAGCAGCUCUCGAAAUAGUGCUGCCAGACAAAGACCUAAAGCUCAAGACUCAAGCAGUUGCUUUCAGCCGCACCGAACUGCGGCGCUCGGCCAUAAAUAUUUUGCUGUCUAUUAUGGUGCUUCCCCUCCAUUACCACGCGUUGCCCAUUCGCAGCUUGACAGCCGACUCGGGCGACAAGGUGAUGACAUUCUUGCAACUCAAGUCCCGGCUGAUGAACAUACUGAUGAACGCUCUGCAGGUGGAAACCGAUGCACAAAACACGCAUAUGCUAUUGGGCGGAUUGCUGCUCUGUGUCCAAGACGCAGUCACCUUUGAGGAAAGUGAGCUGGGAGCCACAGAUCACCUGGGUGGAGCCGGUGUGCAGCACCAUGAAGAAAAUAUUCUGAGCUCUGCGUGCUCGGACCGUUCCGCUUCGUUAGCCAGCGGCACGGUGAGCUUUGGCGCUCCAACCGCGGCGACGAGCUCGCGUGACACGGCUUCGGCCCACGAUUAUCCCAGUCUGACCAUUUCCGAUGAUAUAUCGGUGGAGUUUGCAAGCGAAUUAGAGGGCGUUGCAUCAUAUGACAACGCACAUGCCCUCUUUGUGCGAGCGACGUAUUUGGUGUGUCAUCGCCUGAUAUCCUCGUGGAAGACCGACUUGAACGUUUCACUGGCGGCGCUGGAGCUACUGUCCGGUCUGGCUCGACUUCACAUACGCGAAACAGUCGCAGCCAGGAAAUUAACGAAUGAUUCCUUAGUGAAAAUAGUCGAUCCUAGUCAAAAUCUAACGAUAAUCUCCACAGACGCCCUAGAAUGCAAGCGCGCAGUGAAGUGGAUAUGCGACUAUAUUUGUUAUCAGUGCUCACGACCUCCGCCAGCGCACAGCAAGGAUCUGCACAGCACAAUAGUUGCGGCGUUCCAGUGCACAGCAGCCUGGCUUAUGCAGCAUCCCUACCUGUUGCAGGACAAGGACUGCCUGCAGACUGUGCUCGAGGUCGUCGAACUUGGCAUAUCGGGCACCAAGAGCCAGAGUAAAACUGGAGAUCUGCCCAAGUUUAAGGAUGAAAAGGAAUUAAAGCCAGCCUCAAUGCGCGUUCGCGAUGCAGCUGAAAAUUUGCUGACGAUCAUCCUGGAGCAAGUCGGCUAUUUCCCUAGCGAGUGUGGACCCGAGUCUAUAUCGUCGCUCUUGGACGAACUGGCUCUCAUGAAGCACUGCAAUUCGCUUCCGACCGGAGACGGUUCGGUGGGCGUUUGCACUGCGGAGCAAGCAAUCUCAAAGUUUAAGUAUUUUGUUACUGAAAAUUCGACAAUAUUGGCUCUGUUGGAAGAGCCUCUAGGCAAUGAUCAGGAUCCGCAGCCAACUGUCACCCUUUUAAUACGCGGCCCAUUCGGUCGCCAUGCGUGGACUAUGCAGCUGCGCCAUCUGCCACGAAGCAAAUCCGGCAUUAAGUACCACGCCGUCAAUCCGGGUAGACCCAUUGCAAUGAAUGACAUCACCCAGCGUCCUGAAUGCGAACAAAAGAACUUUCCCGAGGGCGUGGACAAAGUUCAGCCUUGUGUGGCUGAUUACUCAAUACCAACAAUCGAUCAGAUACGGGAACAGUACGGCGCCAGCAUCAUUAAUGAUCUGGAGGUCAUGCUUGAGAACCAGAGCAUACACGAAAAGUUGGCUUGGGCUGAGUCGGACAAUAAUGUGGACAGUCUGUCACACGCCCAGGAGUGUGUGCCGCCGACGGUCUGCCACGAGUUCCAUGCAGCUCGUCUGUUUCUCUCCCACUUUGGAUUUCUUAGCUUUGAAGUCCGCAACCCGAACAACCCCGUGGAGUCCUUGGCUCCUCCCCAAAGGCCUCUCAUUGUGCUGGACACGAAAUCAUCGGCGUUCGCAGCGGAUUUGGACAAGCUGGAUAAGCUUAGCGCUCGCACGCACGACACUGUUUAUUGUUUCUACGUAAAGGCGGGUCAAACGAGUGCACAAGAAAUCAUUGGCAACAUGUCCGAGGACCAAGUGUAUGAUCCGCACUUUGCCAACAUGCUGCAAACUCUGGGCUGGCCUGUUCAGGUGGCUGAGCACUCGGGCUGGACGGGCUUUGCACACAACUCUUGGUCACUGAAGGGCACAUCAGGGCGCUCCAACGUGUCCAGCGAAUCUAAUUACAACGGUGCGCAACGCGUACUUUACUGGGCAGACGUUUCCUCUGAGAUAGCAUUCGUUGUGCCCAAUGCUUGGAAUCUGCGCUACAAUAACGAAAUGGAUGGCUGCAGUCUUUCCAGUAAUUGCAGUGAUCAGAGCACAGCGAGCAAUGUCUGGAUACGUGGCGACGACGCUGGCUCUAUGAAGUCGAAGACAAGAAAUCUCAGCCUGGAGUUGGACACAGGCAACAGAACCAAGGAGCCUGUGCCACCCACGCGUCGAAAGGGUAAUGUGUCGAAGCCUGCACUUCUUGUCCAGGCACCCGCUAAGAUAUUCCUCGUGUGGCUAGAGAGCUUCGAGGAUUACUUAAACUUCCCUGUCGAGGAUUUAUUGGCCUAUGCGCGCACUGGUGAAGAGCUGCACUCGAUGCAAUUGCCGAGAGCAGCCGACUGUCACGUAAUCUUCGUGCACUCUCUUCAAUCUGGUUUGCUGAGAGUCAAAUUACUGGGACCACCUGGCCGCAUGAGUUUCGCCACGCCUUUAGUCGACGGAAUGGUGCUCAGUCGGCGGGUUGUGGGUAAUUUGGUACGUCAAACGGCUCUAAACAUAUCUCGGCGUAGGCGGUUAGAUAAUGAUAACUACCAACCGCCUCAUGUACGACGUCGCCUAAAGGUGCAGGACAUAGUCCAAAAAUAUAAGAUGGACCUAAGCGAGGCCGAACUAUUAGCUCAUUUGUUCCAGCGUUCGAUAUAGCCUUAAAGUAUUUAUUAUUUCCCCUGAAAUAUUCCAUCAGUUUCU